ACAAGCUCUCGGCAUCGACGAGGUGCGACGCGCGCCGACCGGCCCUCACGCCCCUCCCCGCGCGCCCUCGCCCUCCCCCGGCCCUCUCCGCCUGCCGAGCACCAACUCCACCGAAGCGCACGCCGCUUCGUGGCGCUUGCCUCGCGCAAUGGCCUCUGCCUUAUUGGCUUCGCAUCCGCCAGCCUUGGCGAAGGCCUACACCUCGGCCUCGGGCAUCGCCUGAGCCCGGCGAGGCCCCUGCGAAGCCACUGGCGCGCGCCGCCUCCCCAUCCCGCCUCCCUCCCUCCGCGCGCGCCUCCGCUCGACGCGCUUCCCCGUCCGCAGCUACCCGCAAGCGACCUCGAGUUCGCACACCAGCAAUCAAAGCAAUCAUGAAGACCUCCGCGAUCCUCGCCCUCGCCCUCGCGGCCCCCGCCGACGCUGCGGGCCGCCGGCUCGAAGAGAACCUCGACAUGCACAAGUUGCUCGAUGCCGGGAAGCAGGGCCGCGUCGGCUCGACGAUCAACUUCAAGCUCGACAAGGCCCACAAGCUCGUCAAACGGGGCCACACGGCCGACCUCGCGACCAACAUCGCCAAGAAGCUCCACUGCGCUCCCCCGAAGCGCAAGUUCCGCGACGCGGGCAAGCACGAGGCGUCGCAGAAGGCGUUCGGCCUCGACAUGUGGUACGAGACCAAGUGCGCGCACGAGACCUCCGACAAGAAGAAGGUCGCGGGCGCGACCCUCAAGAAGCUCAAGCACUUCCUCGACUCCGAGGACCACGACGGCGUCGCCUACAUCGAGCCCGAGCUCGAGCACAAGACCAUGUUCCAGGCGAACGACCCGGAGCUCGGCAGCCAGCCGCACUACGACGCGAUCAAGCUCCCGGGCGCCUGGGACACGACCAUGGGCAACCCGGACGUCGUCGUCCAGGUCAUCGACACGGGCAUCGACAUGGAGCACCCGGACCUCCAGAACAAUAUCUGGAAGAACCCCGGCGAGAUCUGCGGCAACGGCGUCGACGACGACAACAACGGCUACGUCGACGACUGCCACGGCUACAACUUCGCCGACGACACGGGCACGGACCUCAUGGGCAACCACUGGCACGGCACGCACUGCGGCGGCACCAUCGCCGCCGACACGAACAACGGCAAGGGCGUCGCGGGCGUCGCCGGCGGCGACGGGUCGCCCAACUCGGGCGCCAAGCUCAUGAUCGGCGUGACCUUCGGCGACUACUCCGUCGGCGGCUUCGCCGAGGCCCUCGUCUACGGCGCCAACAACGGCGCCCAGAUCUCGUCCAACUCCUGGGGUUACAUGCAAUCCGGCAUCUACGACCAGGCCGAGCUCGACGCGAUCGACUACUACAACUCCAAGGACGGCCUCGUCGUCUUCGCCGCGGGCAACGACGCCGACGACGGCGACUGGUACCCGGCCUACUACGACGGCGCCAUCGCCGUCGCCGCGACGGACAACAACGGCGUCGCCGCGGGCUUCACCUGCUACGGCGACUGGAUCGACAUCUCCGCGCCCGGCGUCGGCAUCUACUCCACCAUGGCCGACGAGGGCAACUACUACUCGAGCGGCGACUACGGCUACUCCGACGGCACGUCCAUGGCCUGCCCCCACGUCGCGGGCGUCCUCGCGCUCGGCAAGUCCGUGAACAUGGCCGCGGACCGCCGCCACCUCCUCCAGUGCAUGGCCGACACGGCCAUGGACACGGACGGUGCCAACUCGGGCACCUACGCCGGCAAGCUCGGCGCCGGCCUCGUCAACGCCGAGGCCUUCGUCGAGUGCGCGGCGAACGGCGCGCCGUCCAAGAGCCCGACCGUCUCGCCCGCGCCGACGACCGCGGCCCCGUCGCUGCGGCCGACGAUCAGCCCCGCGCCGACGCCGGACUGCGGCUGCAACCAGCAGCUCAUCUUCCACCUCAAGACCGAUCUCUACCCGGGCGAGACGACCUACGAAUUCAAGGCGCUCGACGCGCCCGCCGGCUGCGUCGACGAGGGCGUCCUGAAGGGCGGCCCGUACCAGGAGGGCUCGCACAAGUACGACGUCGUCGUCUCGGAGCAGGUGUGCGUUGGAGUCACCUAUGAGUUCAAGGUCCUCGAUUUGUUCGGCGACGGCAUGUGCUGCGGCCAGGGCGAGGGCGGCUUCGAGCUCGCUCUCGAGGGCACUACGAUCCACACGGGAGGCCAGUUCGGCUCCGAGGACGUGUUCGAAUUCACGAGUUCUGCCGACGGCGUCGAGGCCGGGCCGACGCCCGCGCCCGUUUCUGGCGGCGGUGACGAUGAAUGGAACUGGGACGACGACUUCUGGAACGACGGCGACGACUGGGGCUGGUACGACGACGACUUCGAGGACGAGGACGCUCUCCCGACCAUGCAGGUCACCGAGGUGUACAAGGCCCUCGCGCACAAGAAGAUCGGCAAGCUCGCCAUCUUCUCCUGGGAGGCCGAGGAGGUGGACUCGGAUUACGACUACUCGUACGGCGAGUGGCGCAAGCUCGCGGGCAAGAACAAGAAAGACAAGAAGAAGGGCAAGAGCGGCUGCCCCAAGGGCAAGGCCGGCAAGGCCUGCCGCAAGGCGGAGAAGGAGGGCAAGAACUGGGAGUACUACUACGGCGAUUCCGAGCCGGAGAUCUACGCGGGCAACUUCCGCCUCGAGAUCCGCUACGGCAAGAACGCGGAGUACGAGAUGCUCACGGAACAGGUCGUCGCGGAGAGCACGGACGGCAAGUACUACUUCGUCAUGCCGGAGGCCGACUGCGGGAAGAAGGUCCAGGUCCGCGUCACGGGCCUCGGCCCCGACGGGGACGAGACGGAGGCCGUGGAAUCCAAGGCCAAGAAGCUCAAGUGCUAGAUGCGCGAACCAAGUCGCGCAAUAAGGCAAUUCCCUCCAAGUGU